GAUAGUAUGCAGUUCAUAGUCUUCCUAAAGAUCUACUAGAAUCUCGAAAAUAUGGAAAAACUCAAGUGGUCUGAACGGCUGUUCGGAAAAAAACUCAUUAAAUGCGAGACUUUGAACAAUAAUUCUAACAAUUUUGAUUUGGUUUCUACGAGUGAAAUGCUAGAUGUCGCGAGCAUAACGGGUGUUUAUUUUUCAUUCGCUAACAUCAAUUUACAGAGUGAUGAGUUUAUUAAUAAGUUGAAAGACCUGUACGUAAGACUGAAAAAUGAGAGUUGUAAUGAAGAAAAGAAGUUCGAAGUGAUACAGGUCGUUAUGUGGGCCCACAACGAUAAUUAUGGAGACAUCGAGAGCAGCCAUCGCGAAAAUCUAAUGGGGUUGCCCUGGUUUGCCAUGCCUUUUAGUGAGAUUGAUUUGAAGACCAGACUAUCGAGAAGAUACAGAAUAAAAUCAGGAGUACCAACAUUAGUCCUACUCGGUCGAGAUGGCAUUACUGUCAGCGUGUCGGCCCAAGAGAAACUUUUAGAGGACCCCAGCGGUGCAAACUUUCCUUGGAGACCACGUCCAGUGGAACAGGUUUUAAAAGACGUAGUAUUACAACCAGGAGGAACUUUUUAUUCGGAACAUAAAAAUUUUACCAAAGAAGACAUUCGGUAUGAAGUUUUACCAGAUGGAGUAAAAGGAUUCUAUUUUUCAGCUAACUGGUGUCCUCCAUGUCGCGCAUUUACCCCACAACUAGCAGAAAUCUACAGGAUAAUAAGGAAAAAGGAGCCAAACUUUGAAAUUGUAUUUGUCAGUAGCGACAGAAGCGCUGAAUCCUUUCGUGCCUACGUUGAAUCGAUGCCAUGGGUGGCUGUACCGUUCCAACAGUCCGCUGUACGAGCUGAGCUAGCUCAGCUUUACGGUAUCAGAGGAAUACCAACUUUGUUGCUUCUAGAUAGUAACGGACAUAUCAUUACUAUGGAUGCUAGGACUGAAUUGGCGGAGGAUCCAUCUGCCCAGUACUUUCCAUGGAAACCUAGACCUGUGAAUAUUUUGACAGAACGAUACCUUACAAGAUUGUAUGAUUUUCCUGCUAUCGUACUGUUUGUCGAUGGUGAAGAGACAGAAGUUCAAUUCGCUGAAUCAGUUCUCUACCCAGCAGCAGAAACCUACUACAAAACGAACAAUAUAAACUUCAAUGCUGGCCAAGAAGACUUUUUUCUCAGUCUAGAAGACGACCCGUGUCUUCAGUUCCUCAUAGCGGUGGACAGUGAAACUUCCGACGUUCUUAGAGACAUAGUAGGCUUGGACGAUGUGUUGCCUCUUUUGGUAGCCAUAGAUUUACCUAAAAAGAGAGUGGCCAUCAUGGAAUAUGGUAUUGAAAUCACGAAUGAUACUGUAAAUGAGUUUGUUCUGAAAAUGUUGAACAACGAUCUCCAAUUCAUAGAUAUCAUUGAUGAUAAGGUUGAAGCUACAAAGAAUCGUUAAAACGUUUUGUAACGUUUGUAUUUUUUUGUAGUAAAAAAAAGUUAGAAGAAAUAUGUAUCAUCAUAAUAGACUACAUUAAGAAAAACAUUGUUUUAGGUAAAGAAUAAUUAUUAUGUAUCUAUUGUACUAAAUUAUUUUGUCUGUCAAAAAAUGAGCGCCAUGGAUUUUCAAAAUUUGUCAGAGUUCACCGUAAAAAAAAGAG